AACUGUGCACAGCAACCUGGAGAUUGUCCACGUUUACAGCAUUCACUCCGCUGCCCUGCUCCACAUCUGCAGCCUCGGCCCUCUGCACAAAUUGCGCACACGAUCGUAGGCCUCAAAUUUACCCAUUUUCCGGCGUUUUUCUUUUAAAUUAUUGUUUUGAAUCCCUUUAAGUUAUUUGACGUGAUUCUGCAAAUAUGUUUUCCUGCUGCAUUGUCGUUUUCCUCCUCACUGCGUGGUCUUCCGUGGAGUGUAACCCCAGUCCAGUGUUAGGAGAUGUAGUCGUGGACAGAUACUCCAUCCCCGAAGUCUGCGCCAGAGAAUCGAAAACUGGAGAUUACGUUCGCUAUCACUAUAACGCAACAUUUAUCGACGGGAAAACAUUUGAUUCGAGUCAUGAGAGAGGAGACGCCAAGGUGGGCCUGCUGGGGGAGGGCCGCCUCCUCCCUGGCAUCGACAAAGGUCUGCAGGGCAUGUGUGUGAAUGAGCGCAGAAAGAUCACGGUCCCACCUCACCUGGCCUAUGGGGACGCCGGUGCAGGCGAUGUGAUUCCUCCAGAAACCACCCUGGUGUUUGACAUCCAUCUGUUGGAUCUGUGGAACAAAGCCGACCUAGUUGUUACCAAAACCAUCACCACUCCCAAAGACUGCAAGCGGUCUGUGAUGCGCACUGACUUUGUGCGCUACCAUUUCAACGGCACUCUGCUCGACGGCAGCGUCUUUGACUCCAGCUACACAAGGAAGCAGACCCAUGACUCCUUAGUGGGCGAGGGUUGGCUGAUUAAGGGCAUGGAUGAGGGUCUGCUGGGCAUGUGUGUGGGAGAAAUCAGAAAUAUCGUCAUCCCACCCUUCAAAGCCUACGGAGAAAAAGGAUCGGGUACAGAGAUUCCCUCCCAGGCAACCCUUGUGUUUAAUGUCCUGUUGGUGGACAUUCACAACCCAAAGGAUAACAUCACUGUUGACAACCAGGUGGUGCCUGAGUCGUGUACACGCAGGUCUGUGGUUGGGGAUUACAUCCGGUAUCACUACAACGGUACCUUCCUGAACGGAGGCACCUUUGACACCAGCUACCAGAGGAAUAGCACAUACAACACCUACAUCGGUAUGGGGUAUGUGAUUUCAGGCAUGGAUCUGGCCCUGCUGGGAGUCUGCAUUGGAGAGAGGAGAAGAGUCAUCAUCCCCCCACACCUGGCGUAUGGAGAGCAAGGAGCAGGUGACGUCAUCCCCCCUUCAGCUGUCGUGGUGUUCGACAUUCACGUCAUCGACUUCCACAACCCCAACGACACAGUGGAGAUAAAGAUCAACUACAGACCCGAGGACUGUAACGAGACCACCGGGGAGAACGACCUCGUCCGCUACCACUACAACUGCACCCUGGUGGACGGCACGCCGCUCUUCUCCUCACACGACUAUGAAAACCUUCAGGAUGCGGUGCUGGGGGCGGACAAGGUGAUCGACGGUCUGGACCAGGGCUUGCGAGGCAUGUGCGUGGGAGAGAAGAGGGUGGUGACAGUGCCUCCUCACCUCGGCCACGGAGAAAAAGGAGCCACUGGUGUGCCGAGCAGUGCUGUGUUGGUCUUUGAUAUUGAGCUGGUGAGCUUUGAGAAGGGAGUGCCACCUGGUUACCUGUUUGUGUGGCUCCAGGACACUCCUGCAGACCUGUUCGAAGCCCUGGACACCAACAAGAACAAAGAGGUGCCCGAGGAGGAGUUCGGGGAGUUCAUCAAGCUGCAGGUGGCAGAGGGCAAAGGUCGCGUUAAGCCCGGACUGAUCAUGGAGCAGGUUAUUGCCGACAUGUUCAACAACCAGGACCGAAAUAAAGAUGGAGUGAUCACGGCCGAAGAACUCAAACUGAAGGUAGAGGAGGACAAGGAAAGGGAAGCGGCGAGGCAUGAGGAGUUGUGAUGAGGACAAAUGUUUUCAUUCUCUCAGGGAUGAACCCCGGCAUCUUAAAAACAAGCAACAAGAGACUUUUCCUAUACGCCAUCAUGGUUUAUUACUUUCUGUACCACAUUGGACAGUCUUUUGAAAUGACAAGAAAAUAGUGCAAAUGGUCUUUUUGUGGAGUUUUGUGUUUUAUGUUUGAUUUUGAUUAUUGUAUUUCAGAAAAACAAACAAGCACCUUUUUAUUUUUCCCUGAAAGUCACAUUGAUUAAAAUGUUUUUAAGAAAAAGACAAUUUCAUUUUUUUUUUUUCACCUGUAUUUAUGACAAAAAGAGAUUUGCACCAAUACAUAAAUUAACUGUUGUUAGAGGCUGAGAUCACCUGUAAACAAAAUGUGUUUUUUAAAGCUGCAUUUUUUGGUGCAAGAUACCGAGUUGCAACAUUUCUCUAAGUUACACUUAAUGGAGAAGUGCGCCAAUUUGACAAGUCUUGUAAACCAGUCGUUUUACGGGUUUUGUCUCCGAACAAACUGUUGGAGGUUGAGUUGCAUUGUAGGAAGGAAGUGUGGAAUAAAAAAGAUGAUAUCUCUUGUUCUCCUAAA